AUAAGAUUGAAUUUUGGUGUUUCUCUUCUCUCUCCCUCUCUCCACAAUCUCUCUCUUGUCUUCGUGCGAGUUGUAUUUGUAAUCCUGGACAGACAACAAACAUACACCACUUCCACUUCCACUUCCACUUUCAUUCCAUGGCCAAGCCAAAGGCACCCAGACGCACUCUAGACUCCUACACACUCAAGCACAUCAACAAAACCAUUAAAGCUGGUGACUGUGUCUUUAUGCGACCUUCCGAUCCAUCCAAGCCUUCCUACGUCGCCAGGAUCGAGCGGAUCGAAUCCGACAGCCGUGGUGCCAACGUCAGGGUCUACAUACGAUGGUAUUACCGCCCGGAGGAGUCGAUCGGCGGCCGCCGGCAGUUUCAUGGCUCUAAAGAGGUCUUCCUUUCUGAUCAUUAUGAUAUACAGAGCGCUGAUACCAUCGAAGCCAAGUGUGUGGUUCACAGUUUCAAGAGUUACACGAAGCUUGACGCUGUUGGAAACGAGGAUUUCUUUUGUCGUUUUGAGUACAAUUCUUCUACUGGUGCUUUCAAUCCCGAUAGAGUCGCCGUGUAUUGCAAAUGCGAGAUGCCUUACAACCCUGAUGACUUGAUGGUUCAAUGUGAAGGCUGCAGUGACUGGUCACAUGUGGAAUGCACCUUGGAGAUUAAUAUAGUGUUUGGAAAAUGGAGAAGCUCAUGGUUUAGGUUUCAUCCUGCUUGUAUAGAAAUGACUGCAGAGGAAGCUAAAAGACUUGAUCACUUCUUUUGUGAGAAUUGUUCCUCUGAAGGUCAAAAGAAACUGCAAAAUUCCCAUGCUACUUCCAGACAAUCAGAUACAAAGGUGGAAACAAAGAGGCGUCGGAGGUGAUAAAGUAAAUAAUGUUGAUAUAGAGUGGAGAAUAUGUUGAUAUAGAGUGGGCAAAGGAGGAACUGGAGUACGAUCUUUUUAACUUGGGUAGGCUUCAAGCAAACACCGAGGCAAAGAUAUUUGCAUAACAAGCUGUACCAUAUUCUGGUUGUGUUUGGUUUUUAUAGUUGUGUUAUGUAGAUCUCUAAUAUUCUGGUUUCUUGUUUAUAAUUUAGGUUUGUGUAUAACCAAAACUACUUUAACUUCAUUGAAAAGCAAAUAGAUACAAGGAUCUUUUUAUGCC